UCGAGUUGGACGAUCUUCGGACCGGCGUCGACUUUCGAUGGUCGAUUGCUUCAGUCUGCUGCGCUGCUUCCUCUAAACGCGGAAGUUGCCGCUGUGUUGACGUGUGUCGGCGCAGUUUCUCUGGGCGCGCGUUGGUACCGAGCCCUGUCUGGAGGUUCCGCGGUACCGGGCCAGUUCCGCGCGUCCGGACCCAGUCGUCGUCGCGGUCAUGGACGAAAACGACGCCAUCUCCGUCUACAACUUCUCGGAAAAGAUUCUGGAGCAGACGGUCCAUUUCCACGUCAUGAGGCUGAGCGGCGGCUUCUUCCUCUGGCUCGGUUCCAGUCCGGUUCUGAGCAACCUGGCGGUGUCGAUGAGCGGCAAGUUUGACUCGAGCCCGUUGUCCACGCUGGUUCUGGGAGACCCGUCCGACACCGGCCCCACCUCUCUGGCCCAGCGACUGGCCAGGAAGACUGGGAAGCAGGUGUUCGUCAGCCACAGUCUGCCGCUCACGGACCCCAGCUUCGCUCUGCUGGUGGAGGAGCGCAUCAAGCGGGAGCUGCAGCUCCACCCGCAGCACUUCUGAGGCCAGAAGAAAUAGGCGUUUAUUAUCAAAACUCGCUGCAGCUGCUCGUUGUACAAAGGUUUGCUAUUAAAGAAAUAACAAUUGGUGGUGGGGCUCAGACCCGAGCAGACGAGUGCAGAUCCAAACGUGCUACAGAUGUGCAGGGACCUGGAGUGGGACGGGCUGCAGGACCCACUUUUUCUCUGGAGGUCUGGAGCCACCGACCGGACGGGACCCGGAGCCACCAGCCGUCUGGCUCAGCUGGAGCUGGACUCCUCUAGUUGACCGUCACGAACACGAGGAGAGGAAAGGAACCUUGUGCUUUCAGCCCAGAGCUGCAGGAAACAUCACGACCGCGGUGCGAGUCAGUGACGCGUCUUCGGCCCGCUGGACUCUCGACAUGUGCUGGGGACUGCCAGGGUCUCCGGUCGUCUCAGACCACCAUCAUUCACCCGCAAACGGCAGCCGCCGCCGCGGCUCGGCGCGACGGCUAAAGUCACAAAGACGUGUGCAACGUUUAGUGCAAAAGAAAGUUUGGGAUGCCGGUGGAGUUCUGUGGUCCCUUCGGGGCCGGAUCCUCCAGAACCAGUCGACAACCCAUCGGGGGCGGUGCUUGUGCCGAUGACACGCAGAUGUCUGUGUCCGAGGGUGGACGACGUCCCGAAGGCUGGUGUUGCAGAGCUGCACCUGGCCAGCAGGGGGCCACCCGGCCUCUUCAGCUCAUUCCUGGGUCCACCCACAGGUCCCUGUUAGUGGGGAGUCAUGGCGCAGUCCCUCGGCCGGCCAGCAGGGGGCAAGUCCUUCGGGACUCUACGGUCUUCGGCUACGCUAACGCUUGGUUCCCACUGUGAAGUUUAGCUCGAAGCUGAGGAUUUAACCAUCAACUCUGAGUGCGGCUCAUGACGCUUGCUGGUGUUUGUCCGGACCGAGCCCAUCCUCGCGCUGCUGGUGAACACUUGGGAAAGCGCCCGACUCCCGGAGCGACAAUUCAACGUACAAACCCACUUGUCGGCCGCGAGGUGCCGGCCUCUUGACGGCUUCAUCACCGGACUCGCUCCGGUUCCACUUGGCCGACUCUCCCCUCCUCCCCCCCCACAGUUUUCACAGUCCGUUGACAAGGGUUCGAUUCCCGAUGAUCUCCCCGCCGGUCGCCAGCGAGUAGGAGGCCGGCACCGCCGCCAGAGCGGUGGCCGCCGCCACUGUGGCGCCGCCCGUGGCGGAGAGGUGCAGUGGCGUGUCGUGGACGCGAGAGUAGUCCCUGUCGCUCUUGGCCAGCAGGAGGUGCUGUUCCCCCGGGUGCAGCAGCGUCUGGCGGGUGAAGGUCUCGCCGUCAGCCAGGGACUCGGGCAGCGGCUGCCCGCGCGGCUCCGGCAGCAGCAGCAGGCAGAUGAUGCAG